GCAAGCGGGCACACACGCAGUGUGUAUAUACGUGUGUCGCGUAGCCAAGCAUCCAAGGCCCGCUCGGUCAGUCGGUCGGUCGGUCGGUUUCUCUGCACGCGCGCACUCUCGAUGCUGCCCUGCAUCGACGAACGAGGACGCGGGUAGAAAGUCCCCCCCUGGAGCCGUGCUCACUUUUGCCGCGGUUACAAAAUAAUACAAGAAAAAUCCCCCUUUGUGCCACGGGGAAAAACUCGAGUUUUUUUUUGUUGGUGCAGGUGUGUAGUUCGUGUGUGUGUGUGGUCCCCUCCAGGCCCGUUGAUCUUCGAUGCGGCCCGGCGUGUCUUGCAUAUACCCACGGACACGGAGGUGUUGAAUCGUCGGUAGCGCGCCCCACGGGCCGUUGUUCCGGGACACAAUGACGAUGGCUCUCUGAAUAAUGCGCGCUCGAAAAAGUAUCGGCCUGGCGAGCUCGGUUGACGGUUGAUUUCGCGUUUUUAACUGCCACCGCGAUAUAUAAUCGGUCGCGAGCGCGCGCGCGCGUGUGUGUGAAUUUUUGCCGAUAACCGAGCGCGGAUCGAUCGGUAUAUUACAAUGCGCAAAGCGUGACCGAAGCUCAUCCAUUGUUCUUGUGCGUUUGUAUCGGGGUUUUUGUUGUCGGUUGCGGUUCCACGAGAGGAAGCGCUCGUCGGUGUGAUUUGUGGACAAAAAUCGACAGUAGGAUGGAGUGGCUGAGGGUGCUCAAGCUCUUGUUGUACAAAAAUCUGUUGGUGCGCAAGAGACAAUGGAUAACGUCGCUGGUCGGGGAGUUUUUGGUGCCCGUGGGGGUGAUAGUGGCCGUGUGGGCGGUGAGAAACCUCGUGGCCAAGGAAUCGGUCCCGGUGGACCGCGACACCGUGCCCGACAGGAUAUUCGUCAACGACAUAUUCGACAAGGCCUCGGGCAUCAAGAGGGCGGCCGUGUUUUUCGCCCCCAACAACUCGUUCACCAACGAAAUCAUGGAAGGAGUUCAGUACUGCCUGUCUGAAGGUGAUGCCGAUGUUUCCUUGCACGGGCACGCAACGGAGGACGACGUGGUGCGCGACUUCGAGUCCCUGUCGAUACCCGAGUUCCCCGAUGCCAAGCGAGGGGCCGUCAUAUUCAAAAACUUGGACCCAUCGGGCGAAAACUGGCCGAAAAAUCUUGAUUACAAAAUCCGAGUGAAAGACCUAAAUCUCAAACUAAAGUUCAACAUGCUGGCGAACAUGCUCACGUAUUACACGUACAGCAUGUUCCUCCAGUUGCAGUACUGCGUCGACUCGUCGUUCAUAUACUUGGAAAACGGCCGGACGACGAACUCCAGUCUCGAUUUUCCAGAAUUUUCCAUACGGCAAGUUCCUUACCCGCCCUACGUAAAGUACGACUCGGCGGACAUCAUGUUCCGGCGCUUUUUCGCCGCCAUGGCCGUCGCCGUGUUCAUGAUCCCACUGCUCAUAGAAUCGGUGAGCUCGUCCAACGAAAAGUUCAUCGGGGUCAACGUGCUCAUGAAAAUGAACGGCGUGUCCAACGCCUUGAACCUUCUGAGCUGGCUGAUCAGCGGCUCGGUCUUUGUGAUCGUGUUCUGCAUAGUGCCGAUCACCGUUCUUAUCAACUUUACCACCGGCGGGGCGAUACCCUACCUGAACUAUGGAAACUCGUUCAUCGUCGGUCUGGCUCUCUCCGUCAAUAUCGUCCACCUGUUUGCGUAUGGAAUGCACGUCUCGGCUUACUUUCCCACUUCGUUGCUCAUCAUGUUUGGCAUACUGUUUUGCAGUUGUGGUAUUAUGGUCGUACAGAUGUUCGGUCUCAAGGAGGAGCAGUACUUCAUAGUACCGUAUUUGGGGAUACUGUUUCCCAAUCUGUUGAUGUAUCGGACCGUCGAGGAGCUCAACUAUUUCGAGAAUAUUAGGGAAGGCAACCAGUGGCAAAACUUGUUCUCGGUCGGACUCACCGAGUACGGUUUCGGAGGUAGUAUGGGUAUGACCCUGGUAUUGUCCAUGAUAGGCGUCCUCUUUCAUUUCACAUUGGCCGUUUACGUCAACGAAAUCAAUCCUGGUAAAUACGGCGUGGGAAAGCACCCGUUGUUCUUCCUCAAGGUAAUCAAGUCCCUUAUUUCCUUUUUUUUCCUCUGCGGCUUUCGAAACUUUUCAUAUUUUUCAAAGGCGUUUCGAGAGAGUCCAAAGUACUUUAACGAUGACGUUGAAAUCUUGGAGUACAACGAAAAUGGAAAGCCAUUCGAAUUGCCAUCGAGUUGUCCUUAUUCUCCUGGAAUUCAAAUUCGCAAUUUGAAAAAGUCCUACAACAUUGGUUUAUUCAGCGGCGAGAAAGUUGACGCGCUCAAAGGUGUCUCCAUAGAUUUUUACAAGGGAACCAUUACCUCGCUGUUGGGCCACAACGGAGCUGGUAAAACUACCAUGAUGUCUAUUCUAACAGGAAUGACAAGUCCGUCGGAAGGUCUAGUGCUGGUAAACUAUAAGAACUUUAGGGAUCAUUCUCAAGAGAUAAUGAACGACAUAGGUUUAUGCACCCAAGUUAACAUGGUUUUUCCAAAUCUGACCGUUCGCGAACAAUUACGAUUUUUCGCCAUGUUGAAAGGUAAGGAAGAAUCAAUAUCAAGCAUCGAGCAAAGAGUCACGGAAUUGCUCAAAAAACUAAAAAUGUACGAGAAACGAAAUUUUUUACCCAAAGACUUGUCGGGCGGACAGAAGCGUAGGGUGUGUUUGGGUAUGGCUUUAAUAGGUGAUCCAAGCAUUCUAAUUUUGGACGAGCCCACUUCUGGUUUGGAUCCAGAAAGUAGGCGAAUCAUUUGGGAUAUCUUACUGAAAAUGAGAGGUCAAAAGACUAUUAUCAUAAGUACACAUGACAUGGAGGAGGCCGACAUCCUUGGCGACAGGAUAGCAAUCAUGCAUACGGGACAACUGAGGAGUUAUGGCACAGCAAUGUUUCUUAAAAAACUAAUAGGACAAGGCAACGUAGAAGUCACUCUAUCCGUCGAGCCGUGGAGCAAUAACAAGAGAAUUCUCGACGAACUGAACAGCCAAGGCAACAUAAUAAGCGCGGACGCAAGCAAAAUUGUCAUCAGUCUUCCAAAUUCGCCUGAUUUGCCCGACGCAUUGGACAAGUUGGAGGGAAUGAAAAAGGAACUGGGCGUUUCAGGUUUGAGUGUUUCUCUACUCAGCUUGGAACAAGUAUUUUUGAAGGUCACUCACGACAACGACGAGCCGAAGAUACGAGAGUCGUUCAGUCGCGUCGAGAAUAAACUAACCGGUAGAUCGCUUUUAAAUCAAAAUCUUCGUGGGUUGUUGUACAAGAAACUUGUUUACACCAGAAAAAAUAUUUCGGCACUUUUCAUGAUGUUCUUCUCGGCCUGCGUAACGCUGUUCUUCCUGUCGCUUGUCUUCCAGAAAGCAAACUUCAAGUAUCUAAAACCAGAUGUGGUGUCGAUGAGACUCGAUCAGUACGAAAAACCUGACACUUACUACAACAGCACCGUCCAAGAAAUCGGUCAACUCUUUGAGGUCACCACUCGAAAUUCUGGUGGAAAAGCAAAGAAAAUUCAAUCCGACAUGGUCGAUGCUCUGUUGGACUACGCUCGUAGCAACGGCACAGCGUAUUACGACAACCAUCUAAUCGCAGGAGCCGAAUUCCAGCUGACCGCCAACGAGUCGUACAUCAGCGCGUACUACUCCGAAAAAACGAGCUACAGCCUUCCAAUAUCGAUGAACUUGGUGUCGAACAGCUACGCCAAAUACGUCCUGGGCUCCGACUACUCGAUCACACUGUCGGCUCAAGAGAUGCCGACCUUGAACGUAACCGACGAAUCGAUCCCCAACGGCUACUCCACCGGCGUCUUCUUCAUAUUCUUCCUGUUGUCCGCCUUCGCUCAAUUCGUUUUCCACCCGUUGCGGGAGACCACGAAAAACGUCAAACAAUUGCAACGCAUGACCGGAGUCUCUUGCCUAACGUACUGGGGGGUCAUGUUUGCCUUCGAUCUGGCAGUCUUUUUGUUGCUCAUAACAUUGAUCGUUGGAGGUUUCGCCACAAUCGAUUACAUUUACGAUCUCAAGCUCUUCGACACCGAUGGCAUCCUGAUAGUGCUGCUUCUACUGGUACUCUUUGCCAUCAACGUGUUGCCACUUAUCUACAGCUUCAGCUUCAUCGACGCGAGCACAACAUCGGUCCUGCGAUUACUAACCUACGUACCGAUGGGUCUAAUCUUGGUGGAGCUCAUCGGAUUAAUAUUCUCCGCGACCCUGGACGACAACGACAUCGUCAUUUUCCUGCGACCCAUCCAGAGAACGAUAUUCCUCCUGUUUCCCUACGUGAGUUUGUUGCACGGCCAAAUGUCCUUCUUCGCGACCGCAAUGUCCAACGCCAGAUGCAGGAACAUGCCAAACAUAUUCUACGACACGAAGUGCACUUUGUCGUAUUACAAAAACGACACGUGUUGCGGCCUCGAGUGUUACGACGGAAGGUGCAAGGAGUACAAAAAUUACUUCAGCGAUUUCGAGAAGGACGUGAACCUGGAGAGCAGCAUCGUGUACCUGACGUGCUCGCCUCUCAUAUACUUUGGACUGCUCGUGAUACUGGAGUACCAGAUGGUGCCGAAGCUUAUCGUCAGGAUGAGGAAGGCGGUCAUGCCCGAAACCGAGGCGGAGGAGCAAGUCAAGAAGGAAAAGUUGUCCAUCAGCGAGAGGAUCGCCGCCAUGGGAGAGCAUCGCAUGAGCGGCAUCGUGAACGACGCUUACGACUUCAAGCCCGAAAACGGGACGGUUACGUCCCUACCGAACUCGGCUUACUUCAAAAACCACGACGACCGAGUGUUCCUCGUGUACGAGCUGCGCAAGCAGUACGGCGCCACCUUGGCCGUGAAGGACGUGAGUUUCGGGGUGAAGGAGCGCGAGUGUUUCGGUCUGCUCGGCGUGAACGGGGCCGGAAAGAGCACAACCUUCAGGAUCAUGACUGGCCAAGACGUGGCCGACAACGGGGUAAUGUACAUAAACGACAAGGAGUUCAACCGUCACAGGAAAUACUUUCUCUCGCAAAUGGGCUACUGUCCGCAAAAUAAUGCCUUGAUCAAGUCCUUGAACGCCUACGAUCACCUGCGAUUGUUUGCUCGCCUCAGGGGAAUACCCGAGCACCAAGUCGAGACGGAAGUUAGAAAGUGGAUCAACAGGCUCAAUCUGAACGCUUGCGCGUCUCAGCCUAGCGGGACCUACAGUGGGGGCAACAUGAGGCGACUGAACAUCGCGAUCGCCCUUAUCGGUCUUCCGAAUCUGAUCUUGCUGGACGAGCCGACCGCCGGCGUCGACCCCGAGGCGAGGAGAUCGUUGUGGAACGUCAUUCAGUCGUGCCAGAAGUCAGGACAAGCCGUCAUACUCACGUCCCACAGUAUGGAGGAGUGCGAGGCGCUGUGCAACAGAUUGGCAAUUAUGGUGAAUGGAAGGCUGGUGUGUAUCGGGCCGUCCCAGGAGUUGAAGCAGCGUUUCGGGGCCGGGUACGACAUACAAAUAAAAAUGAACCCGGAGAAGGAGGGGAAUCAGGUGGACGAUAUCAAAUGCCGCAUGGCGCGCUCGCUCGACUGCAAAAUCGUCGACGAAAACACGGGUUACCUCAUGUACCACGUCUCGCCGAACGAAACCAGCUGGCGCAAGAUGUACGACGUGAUGAGCGAGCUAAAGAGCGAGUACGACUGCAUCGACGAUUUCUCCGUCCUGUCAUCCACGCUCGAGCAGCUCUUCCUGCUGUUCGCUCGCACGGCUACUAAGGACGAGUCCAUGCGAGCGAUCGAUUAAAGUUGGAAUGACUGUUGUUUUUUUUUUUUUUUUUUUUUUUUUAGGGUACAAGUUUCUUCUGAAAGCGACUUUUGCGCGUAUGUAUCAACAAUUUUGUUAACACUACCUUACGGGAUGACGAACUUAAUGAAUAGUCGUGUGCCGAUUGCUUUUUAUAAAAGCGCAAGAAAAAAACAAAAAUUAUUAUUUAUCUUGUUUGUAUACGAUGAAUGAUUUUUUAGUUUUUUUUUUUUUUUACUGUUAUGUACGUUUUUAAUUUUACAAGACUUUUUUUUUUUUUUUUUACUUUUACGGAAUACGAGUGUUUGACAGUCGUGGUUGGCAUUGUUCAGACGUAUACGUGUAC